CUCGCCUAGUAGGCCAUGGAAGUCUUUUAAGUCGAGCAACAUUUAAAUGGUUAGUUCCCGCAGGUCUUCCAGUCUCCAAAUUCCAAGUCAACAGGGGUGUUAAUAUAUUGCAAACAAAGAAUUCUGAACCUCUACAAUUCAUCACUCUUGUUCUGAAUUAGAGGAGCAGUAAAUCUUCUUAUUCUUCUUCCUUUGCGGCGCUUUCUUCUUGUUGAUCAGUUGGGAAUUUUCGGAUGGCUCCGGUGGCUUUGUUUAUUCUCUCCGUUCUUGCUCACCUUGUGGUUCUGCACUCAGCUGAAUAUUCAGAAGCGGAACCCUCCAAACAUUGUCCAGCCCACUUCUGCAGUGACAUAGUAGGCAACAUCAGCUUCCCCUUCAAAAGCCCGGGAGAUCCUCCUGAAUGCGGAUUGUUCACAGUUGACUGUUCAGAACCCGACCGGCCAAAAAUCCAAUUGAAAGAGGGAGGGUACUGGCAUGAAUUCCAAGGCUCUUUAUUUUCACCUUCGAUUUCUAUCAAAGACACAGACCUUGCCGACCGCUUAGAAAAGGAUCCCUGCAACGACGGAGUUUUCGACGACUUGAGUCUUCCCAGCGCUUCUUCAAUCCCUGACGUAGAAUUAUUCACACACUAUCUGACCCUUUUCAAAUGCAACACCACCAUAAACCAAAAAAUUUAUACAUUCAAGUUGCAGGACAUAAGCAGUUGAAAUUGAAGCUCGGACUAGUUGGUGCAGCUUCUGUCAUCGUCGUUCUAGUUGUUGUCUGCUGUUUCUUUUGGAAGAAGCGUAUCCAAAAACAUCAAAUUGUUGAGGCCUUUCUAAGGAGCUAUGGGCCGCUUCAAGUUCAAAGGCAUAGCUAUUCGGAGGUCAAGAAAAUGACCAACUUCUUCAAAGAAAAAUUAGGACAAGGAGGCUAUGGUGCUGUUUACAAGGGGAAGUUAAAGGACGGCCGUCUUGUAGCAGUGAAGGUCUUGACCAAACUGAAAGGAGAUGGAGAAGAAUUUAUGAAUGAAGUGGCAUCCAUUAGUAGAACUUCCCAUGUCAACAUUGUCUCCUUGUUGGGCUACUGUUUUGAGGGUUCGAAGAGAGCUCUGAUCUAUGAAUUCAUGCCUAAUGGAUCGCUCGAGAAGUUCAUAUUUGAUGCAAGUACUCCCAAGAAUGAUCAUCAUAACUUGGGAUGGGAAACUCUGGACCAAAUUUCACUGGGUAUUGCUCGAGGAUUGGAGUACUUACAUCGUGGUUGCAACACACGAAUUUUGCAUUUUGACAUCAAGCCGCACAACAUUCUUCUAAGCGAAAAGUUCACCCCAAAAAUCUCGGAUUUUGGCCUUGCCAAAAUAUGCAACAGGAACGAGAGCAUUGUGUCGAUGUUGGGAGCUAGAGGUACAACAGGUUACAUUGCUCCAGAAGUAUGUUCUAGAAACUUUGGAAAGGUCUCGCACAAGUCUGAUGUGUACAGCUAUGGAAUGAUGCUUUCAGAGAUGGUUGGAGGAAGAAGGAACAUCGACACUGAAGCUGAAAAUACAAGUGAAAUAUAUUUUCCGCAUUGGAUUUACCAACGUCUUGAACGGGACGAGGAGCUUGGUCUGCAGAGAGUUACGAACGAUGAAGACAAAGUAAGAGCGAGGAAGAUGAUCAUAGUGAGCUUGUGGUGCAUACAAACUGAUCCUUCAAACCGGCCAGCGAUGAAGGAAGUGAUAGAUAUGUUGGAAGGGAGUGUUGAUUCGUUGCAGAUACCACCCAAGCCUUACUUGUCUUCUCCUCCAAAAUCCUCGGCAGAUUCCUCUACUACAUUGGUAUCAAUACAGUAGAAACCUGUAUUUUACUUGAUUGAAUCUAUGCUUUCUGAGGCAAUCUAAAUAAUGAAGUAUGCAUUUUAUUUU